ACUCAUAGCUACUUACGCAUUUAGUGCUGAGCUACUAUUAGAUAUCAGGAACGAUUGAACUUUAUUUUGUGUAAGUGACUGUAAUAAAUAAUAUCUUUUGUUCCAUUGGAAUAUGACAGUUAUUUGUGAUUUUUAACAGAACCAGCAUAACAAAUGUCAAAACAGUAAGGAAUCUCUAUCACGUGAUAUUGAAAAGGAUAAACCUAUAACUAAUCAGAUAUGGCACUUUGUCAAAGAUUUAUCUCUAUUAAUCCAGAUAGGGAUAUGAAAUCCAAAUUCCCAGUAGACAUUACCAACCACCAAGCGAAGAAUUGGGAAGAGCUUAAACAAAUGGUUUAUGCUAUUCUACACCAGAAUGUAACUAACUUUUACAUUCUGAAAGUAGACAGUAGCAAAAAUCUCAUAUCGAAAAAAAAUACCUACGCCCUCAUUUUCGAUAAACAAAUAUCAAAAGAUAACGUAGAAACAAUUUUAAGAAACAAGUGUACAAGUGAGUUUGAAAUGAGACUAAGCGCUACAGAUCUACAAGAGUUUGAUGUAUUGGACAAACCGGCAAAGUACGAUAUUAAUAGAAUAGAACUAAGGAAAAUGAACAAACUAAAUGUAUUGGAAGAGAUAAAGAACUUGUUUGGAGUUUAUUGCGACAUAGAAUCAGAUAUAUGCAUAUUGAAAGGAGGUGCAUUAGAAAUUCGCAAUGCGGUUGCAUAUCUAAAAGACGAAUGUCCAGAAUCCUUGCGAAAUUAUUUUAAAAGGGCUAAAAAAAGACCACUAACAAAUGAUAGUGACAGCGAUGACGACCAGUUUGAUGAAAAUGGGCAUGCUUUAACUUUUCAAGAUAGAAAUACAAAAGUAUUUUUAUACGAAGGAGAUUUAACCAAAGUGAACACUGAUUCUGUAGCUAUUUCAGUCGGACCAAAUUUUGAGCAUUCCGUUGGUGUUGCUUCGGCUGUUAUGAAUUUGGCGGGUCCGGAAGCUCGCCAAGCCUGUAUAAACAAGAAAUCAAUUAGACCUGGAGAUGUUCAUAUGAUUAGUGUGCAAACGACCAUGCCUGUUAGUUAUAUAUUAACAACCAAUGCAACACUUGCUUUUUGUCACUACACAUUCAGCUCACCAAUCGACAUUAUAGAAAGCUGCUAUAAAAAUUGUAUAACUGAAGCUGAUAAAGGAAAUUUAAAAAGUGUUGCCUUUCCUCUUUUCGGCUGUGGAUUCAAUAAAUUACCUGUAGAAGAAGUUGUGAAUGCUUUUCUCAAUGGAUUAAGAGACAGCAAUAGUCGAUUAGAAGAAAUUCAUAUUGUUGAGUUAGAAACUAGAAUAUUUAAUAAAUUAAAAUCUUGCAUCAAAAUUAAAUUGAAAGGAGAUGUCAAACCAUGCCAACACCCAAAGAAGCGAAAAGACUCUGCGGCAGUUGCAACUAAUGAUGUUGAUAUGGAACUACCAAACUAUGUAAUGAAAAAUGGAUUGAAUGUAGUCUGUAGGACUGGAGAAAUAUUGAAAGAGAAGAGCACAGUAUUAAUUUUUCCGUUAUUAUAUGGAUACAACUCAUAUGAAGGAUUUCCCUACGACUUAGUACGUUUCAUUGGAACAUACAACUACUCUAAAUAUAAAAGAAUAUUGGAAAAUAUGACUCCAUUUAGCUAUGACGAAUUUAUUGAAAACAAAUUUGAAACAGCCUUGAAUAAUAUUCUAACAGAGCUUGAUUCGUUCAAUAACGUUACAAGCGUUUCACUGUACCCUUGGACAGAUAAAUUCUAUUCAUUGGAUAUGACAAACUCGAUCAUUAAAGUCUUCAACGAUUUUCCGAAGCCAAAAAACAUUAAUAUAGUAACAGUGUUACAUGAACAGAGACAUAUUGUACAAACUUUUCAUCAGGCUAUAAAAAGGUUUAAGGAACCCCCUCAGAGUAUGAAUGAGAAAUGCCCCAUUUGUCUGGAUAAUAUAGAUAUGAUAUAUACUACUCUACCUUGCAGUCAUACUUUCUGUAAAACUUGUUUGGAUCAAUGGCUAAAAGGAAAGGGAGUGUGUCCUGUUUGUAAAGCCUAUGUUGCGAAAACUUUAGGAAACCAGCCUGAAGGUCAAAUGGGCUUUUAUAGGGACAGUACUUGCCUUCCUGGAUUCGAAAACUGUGGUACAAUAGUCAUUCAUUACUCAUUUCCUAGUGGAAUUCAAGGCCCCCAACACCCUAAUGCAGGUGUACCAUAUAGUGGCACGACAAGACAGGCCUACUUACCAGAUAACGCAGAUGGUAAAGAGGUAUUAAACCUGCUAAAGAAAGCUUGGGAUGAAAAAUUGCUGUUUACAAUUGGUCGUUCUGUAACCACUGGAAUGGACAACUCUGUUAUAUGGAAUGAUGUUCAUCACAAGACUAGUCGCUCUGGUGGACCAACAGUAUACGGCUACCCAGAUCCUACUUACCUGAAUAGAGUAAAGGAAGAGCUGAGAGCGAAAGGAAUAUACUAA